GUUCUGAUGAGAGCAAUAUGAACAGUUUCAAUAAUAUGCACAAUCCAUACGACAAAACCAUUCCAGUGAUCGGACUGUUGGUCCAAGGCUCACCUAAAAAUGUGGAGCACAUUUUGUUCUACCUCAGCAACAAGAUGCCAGUGGUGGUACUCAAGGGAAGCGGGGGAUUCGCCGACCUCUUAGCCUUUGCUUAUCAGGAAACUCAAGAAAGGACUGAUCCAGACUUUCUAGAAACAUUUCUCAAACCAGAGCUAAUCAAGUUGAUAUGUAAAACCUAUCCAAGUGACUUCAAGGAUAACGACCUGGCUAGGAAUGAAUUCAGGGACAAGAUAUUGAAAUGUGUAGACUUAGCCCAGGAGGAAGAUCAAACAUUUAUGACAAUUGUGAGCAUGCAAGGUUGGGACGCCAAUCUAAAAGACUUGGACAAAUAUCUGCUAAAAGCCUUAUUUAAAUCAGAGAAGCAAGUUGCCAGUAAGUGGAAGGAACAGCUAUAUAAGAAUCUCCAGUUAAUUCUGGACUGGAACCGUCCUGAUCUAGUACAGUCACAGAUAUUCCAGCGUGACGACUUCGCCAAAAUUAAGUUAAAUAAGGAGCUGUUGGAAAAGGCCUUGUUAAAAACUGAUAGAGAAGAAUUUGUAGACCUGUUUCUUGAUCAUGGAAUACAAAUCCACAAGUUUUUGAACCAUAAGAAGUUCAAACUUCUCUUUGAAAGACCUGAAGAUCGGGAAUUUUUCACAACAAUAUGCUUAGAGGGAGCUCUUAACUUUAGCAGUGUGGAGGCUGAUCAGCCCUUGCAGAAAGAAUUCCUGUCUAAUGAUCUAAAUCGACUGAUAUACAAAUUGAGUCGGAUCAAAGAUUUUGUUCAGCCCUAUGAACUGUCCAUGAACUCUGCUGGACUGUAUGUUUCAAACCCUGCUGUCGCUGAGAGGAAGGCACUGAACUGCCUAAUUAUCUGGGCUGUACUGAUGAACCGUCAGAAGUUGGCCAAAGUCCUGUGGCAGAGGUGUGAGGAACCUAUAGCUAUGGCUCUGAUUUGUAGCAACAUGUACAAGGAACUCGCAAAAAACUGUAUAGAACUGUAUCUACGUACGGAAAUGGAAAACAAUGCUAAUGACUUUGGUAAGAUUGCUCUUGGUGUGCUGGACAUUAGUUUCCGAGACUCCAGUGCUCAGGCCUACAACAUCCUGUGUAAACCUUUGCCCGAUUUCAACAACAAGACAACCCUGGAAAUAGCCUAUGAUGCAAACUACAUGAACUUUAUUGCUCACCCCUGCUGUCAGAAGUGGCUCACAAAAAAGCUGUUUGGUGCUAUACAUGUCAAAGAAGUUCAUUGGGGCAUCUUUAGGCUUCCCUACUGGUUCAAGAUCUUGGCCAGUGCUUUUUUGAUACUUCCAAUGUUUAUCUGGAUAAAUUUUUCAUCUGGAGCUCUCAGAAGAGUAAAAAGGAUCACAGUGAAUGACUCUAUUUUGCUGGAGGAUGAUGAGGAAGAUGGUGAGACAGACAGUAAUGAUGAUGAUGAAGAUGCAGUUUUGCCAUCAUCCAAGUCUAUGCUGGAGAACGAGCUUAGUAAUAUAAGUAAGAAAAAGGGCCUGAAGAAUGUAAAGGUGAAGAUUAAAAGUGCCAUGAAGUCUAACAAGAAGAGACACUUAGCGAUAUGGAGGCGGAUUCAGCUGCUAUGGUUGGCACCGAUCACUAAAUUCUGGAUGACACAGGCGCUGUAUUUCGUGUACCUGGGAGUAUUUUGUCUGGCAGUACUCUGGCCCACAUGUGGUAACUUAACUCUUGAUCUUGUCGUGUGGCUGUGGACAGCUGUCAUCCUCACAGAGUUGGUCAGAAGGACCUAUGUUAAACACCAGAAAUACAAAACUGGUUCGUUGUUUGGUCAGUGUGCCGAGAUUUGCUUCAUCCUGGUUUUCCUUGUCCUCUACCUUUUCCUACGUAUCAUACCUCACUGGUUUGUGUAUGCUAACGUAAUCGCUGCCAAGACUGUUCUGAGUGUGGGACUGAUAUAUUUCUUCUACCGUCUUCUGGGAACCUACCUACUCAUCAGCCCCACACUUGGGCCGAUGUUGGUACGGAUGACUCGUAUGGUGAAGCAUGACUUUGUGGCCUUUGUUCGGAUGUUCUUGAUCUUCCUCAUCUCGGGUGGAGUAACUAUUCAGGCUGUCCUCUACCCUAACUACCCAAUGGGUAUCGACAUCAUCAAGAAGGUUCUCACACGGCCACUCUUUGCCAUGUUUCUUACCAAGAUUGAUGAUCUGGGCGGAACUCCGGCCUGUAAUGCCUACACGAAUUCCAACAUGUCCACUCAUUUUUGUCUGGCAGAACCACAUCAAGGACAACCGGAACUCCCAGGUAGAUAUUGAAUUAAUUGAGUUUCUU